CCCGGCCCCCCAGCUUCACCCCUGCAGCGGCUGCGAUCGAACGUCGCGCGGGGACGCGGACUGUCACCCGUGGCCUUGCCCCCCCCCCCGCUCACCCACGUGAGGCGAGCUCGGGCUGUCCGCAAAGCCAGAGAGGCGCGGGGCAGCCAGGGGGCUUCACGCGGGUGGAGAGAGACCUUCCCGGCCCAUGAGUCCUGGCGUCCCGGGUCAUGACAAGAAGCGCUCGUCUUUAGGACUGCCAACCAGACUGCCAGAAAUCAUGUUAGUAGGACCCCAGUCCUUCUCGCCCGGUGGGCCCAAUGGGAUCAUUAGAAGCCAGUCCUUCGCAGGUUUCAGCGGUCUGCAGGAGCGGCGAUCCAGGUGUAACUCCUUCAUUGAAAAUGCUACUGCUCUCAAGAAGCCUCAGGCCAAGCUGAAGAAAAUGCACAAUUUAGGACACAAAAAUAACAACCCUCCUAAAGAGCCUCAGCCUAAAAGAGUGGAGGAGGUCUACAGAGCCUUGAAAAAUGGACUCGAUGAGUACCUGGAGGUCCACCAGAUGGAGUUGGAGAAGUUGACAGCUCAGCUAAAGGAUAUGAAAAGGAACUCCCGCCUGGGUGUGUUGUAUGACCUAGAUAAGCAAAUUAAAACAAUUGAACGAUACAUGAGACGCCUGGAGUUUCACAUUAGUAAGGUAGAUGAACUCUAUGAAGCUUAUUGUAUCCAACGACGCCUCCAAGAUGGUGCCAGCAAAAUGAAGCAAGCCUUUGCCACUUCCCCUGCCAGCAAGGCUGCCCGAGAGAGCCUGUCAGAGAUCAACCGGAGCUACAAAGAAUACACAGAGAAUAUGUGCACCAUUGAAGCGGAGCUCGAGAAUCUACUGGGAGAAUUCUCCAUCAAGAUGAAAGGUCUGGCUGGCUUUGCUCGCCUCUGUCCUGGAGAUCAAUAUGAAAUUUUCAUGAAGUAUGGCCGGCAGAGGUGGAAACUGAAAGGCAAAAUAGAAGUCAAUGGCAAACAGAGUUGGGAUGGAGAAGAAACUGUCUUCCUGCCCUUGGUGGUUGGGUUCAUUUCUAUCAAGGUCACAGAGCUCAAAGGACUAGCCACUCACAUCCUGGUAGGCAGUGUGACCUGUGAAACCAAAGAGCUAUUUGCAGCCCGCCCUCAGGUGGUGGCUGUGGACAUCAACGACCUGGGCACCAUCAAACUGAAUCUGGAAAUCACCUGGUAUCCCUUUGAUGUGGAGGACACCACACCUUCCUCAGGUACUGGGAACAAGACAGCUGCUCUCCAAAGGAGGAUGUCCAUGUACAGCCAGGGCACCCCGGAAACACCCACCUCCAAAGAUCACUCUUUCUUUUCAAAUCUACCUGAUGACAUCUUUGAAAAUGGAAAGGCCUCCGAGGAGAAAAUGCCCCUGUCUCUCAGCUUCAGUGACUUGCCCAAUGGCGACUGCAACCUCAUCUCCAACUCAGCUGCCUCUCCCUCCAGCUUGUGCUCAGCAAACCCAGAAAUCACCAUCACCCCUGCAGAGCUUACCCAUAGCAGCCUGUCCUCCCAGAACGAGGGCCUGGAAGAUGACAGCUCAGCAUCUUCCAGAAACUCCUUGGGAGAAGACCAAGAACCAAAGUGCCACUCAAAGGGAGAUAAAGAAGAAUCCAGGAAGCCGACCUUAGCUGAAGGUGUUGGUGCAGAGCACCUGUUCAUAGAGAAUGGUGUAGCUGAGGCCCUCCUACAGGAGUCUGAUGAGGCCUCGGAACUCAAGCCUGUGGAACUGGACACUUUUGAAGGGAACAUCACGAAGCAGCUGGUCAAGAGGCUCACGUCAGCUGAGGUGCCGGUGGCUGCGGAGAAGCUGCCCUUCGAGGGCUCUCUCAGUGGGGAAUCGGAAGGCUGUAGAUCCUUCCUGGAUGGCAGCUUAGAAGAUGCCUUUAACGGGCUUUUCCUGGCACUGGAACCCCAUAAAGAGCAGUACAAGGAGUUUCAAGAUCUCAACCAAGAAGUCAUGCACUUGGAUGAUAUUCUAAAAUGCAAGCCUGCAGGAAGCCGCAGCAGGUCUUCCAGCUUAAGUCUGACCGUUGAAAGUGCUUUAGAAAGCUUUGAUUUCCUGAACACCUCGGAUUUUGACGAGGAGGAAGAGGAUGCUGAUGAGGUUUGUCAUGUUGGAGGAGGUGCUGACUCAGUUUUUUCAGACGCUGAGACUGAGAAAAACAGUUAUAGGUCCGUUCAUCCGGAAGCCAGGGGGCAUCUUAGUGAAGCGCUGACUGAAGACACAGGAGUGGGGACCAGUGUGGCAGGAAGUCCUCUCCCACUGACCACAGGAAAUGAGAGCCUGGACAUCACCAUUGUCAGGCACCUACAAUACUGCACCCAGCUUGUCCAGCAAAUUGUUUUCUCCAGCAAAACCCCUUUUGUAGCCAGGAAUCUCUUGGAGAAGCUUUCUAGGCAGAUCCAAGUGAUGGAGAAGCUAUCAGCUGUCAGUGAUGAGAACAUAGGGAACAUCAGCUCUGUGAUAGAAGCCAUCCCAGAAUUUCACAAAAAGCUAUCUUUGCUGUCCUUCUGGACCAAGUGCUGCAGCCCAGUUGGAGUCUACCACAGCUCAGCUGACCGAGUGAUGAAGCAGUUGGAGGCCAGCUUUGCCAGAACUGUAAACAAAGAAUAUCCAGGGCUUGCGGACCCAGUGUUUCGGACCCUGGUGUCCCAAAUCCUGGACCAGGCUGAGCCUCUGCUUUCCUCCAACCUCUCCUCAGAAGUUGUCACCGUUUUCCAGUAUUAUAGUUACUUUACAAGCCAUGGUGUGAAUGACCUGGAGAGUUACCUGAGCCAGCUGGCCAGGCAGGUUUCUGUGGUUCAGACUCUGCAGUCAUUAAGGGAUGAGAACCUGCUACAGAUGGUUAGCGAUCUUGUUGCCAGCAACCUCCCAGCCCAGCAGGAAGUGCUCAGGACUCUGGCCUUGCUGCUAACCAGAGAUAACAAUGAAGUCAGCGAGGCUGUGACACUGUACUUGACAGCUGCCUCCAAAAACCAGCACUUCAGGGAAAAGGCCUUGCUCUACUACUGUGAAGCACUAACAAAAACUAACCUCCAACUCCAGAAGGCAGCUUGCCUGGCCCUGAGAAGCCUUGAGGCUACUGAAUGUAUUAAAAUGCUGGUGACAUUGUGUCAGUCUGAUACGGAAGAAAUCAGAAAUGUGGCCUCAGAAACCCUCUUGUCUCUGGGAGAAGAUGGGCGACUGGCAUAUGAACAGCUGGACAGAUUUCCUCGAGACUGUGUUAAAGUUGGAGGUCGUCAUGGAACUGAAGUUGCCACAGCCUUUUAAUUACACGUUAACACCAUAUAACCACUGUCCAAAUUUCUAGCCCUUUUUGUUUUGAAGGCGGUGUGGUUUUGCUGGACUGUAACUAGAACCUCAUGUUCUGCUGAGUUGGUCUGGAAAUGUGAUGUGUUAUAGAAAGAAUUCAGUCCAGUUCCACAGUACCUGUUUUUUCUCUUUGGCCAUUAGCACAGGGCUAUGUAUAAUAAAGUAGAUGAUAUCAUUAUUGUCUGACAGUACUUAAAUCUAGUUUGUGUCUGAAUACAAUUGGAAUUUGAAAAUAGCCAUCUUUGUACAUUUGGGGGAAGUACUACACUUAAGUUUGAAAACCAUCAUGUGAGAUUUCAAUAAAUGUCAUAUUCCUU